AAAAGUACUCUAGCAAUGGAAAAACAAAUUAACCACAACUUUAAUUCUAUACAGUCAAAGUCUUUACACUACCGAAUGGUUGAUAUCCUAAUUGCCUCGCCUAGCACACUUUGGCCGCUUCCAUGUGCAUGCCUCUCUGAUCUUAAUCAUCUUAUUUAUCAUUUGGUUGUGCUUUUUUAUCAGAUCCCCACAAAAGAGAAAACGGAAGCCAAAAUCAGAGCCAUCAAAACAAAUGCACGCUGGUCUGCCCUCAAAAAGGAUAUCUAGACGUGGAGACUCAGCUGGAAGUAAAUCUGCAGACUGUUCUGUACUAGGUGGGAAUAAAAUUAUUGAUGACGGUGAUCAAGCCAAGGAAAGUGACAGAUUGAUGGAUGAUGACCAAAUAUCUGCUGGUAAAUUGGAGGCGGAUAUGAAGACUGGUAUUGACUCUGCCACAGCAGGCGAGCAUAAAGUUAUUGAACGUGAGGAUGAUAAGGCAAAGGAAAACGACGGAUUAAAGGACAAUGGCCAAAUUUCUGUUGGUGAAUUGGAGGCCGAUAUGAAUGCUGGUAUUGACUCCGCCACAGAAGGUGAGCAUAAAGUUAUUGAUGAAAGUGUGGGCGAUCAAGCCAAGGAAAAUGACGAAUUGAAGGAUAAUGGCCAAAUAUCUGCUGGUGAAUUGGCUGCACAGCUGACACCUGUGACUAUGACCUUAUCAAAGGGAGAGAGUCCCAAAGUUGAUAUUGAACCUUCUGGUAGGGAAUGCUUCAAAGAACUAAUGGAAUUGGGCAAGGGUGCAGAGAAUGCAAGAUCACUUAACGUUAGUUAGAGUAAACUGUGUAUAGAGAUGCAGGUAGUGAUUGAUGGGCAGGCUCAAAAGUGCGUGAUUUUAGCUCUAGUACUGAAAGCGUCGGUCAGUCUCUGUUAUGUUUCUUUUGUAGAGACAGUGACAUGCACCCAGUGGGGUUUUGCCUUUGAUGUAGGUUUAAUAUGAAGUAAUAUACUAACUGUGGCAAAAGGGCUGUUCGCUCUCACUUAGGUGGUGCAUUCCCAUCACAUAUUAUGGCUUUUUACUUCAAACAUGAGUAUUGUAUGAUUUCAUAUCCAAUCCAAGGGUGCAUGGCAUUACCUUGGACUGGAUGGUUGGUCCGAUUCAAAGUAAAAUGCAGGACUGUAUGGUGUUUUUUAUUUA